CAAUAAUAGGUUAAGGUAAUGUAAAAGGGGCGGGUUCUACGAAGGCCCAGCAUACGUAUCUGUUUUACAAUGGACCUUCCACAGCAUGGUUACAGAGCAAGUGUUUUGAAGGAGUUCCCACAUAUGCUGAGCACUCGUUGGCUGCAUUUCCGUCACUCUGCAGUCCUACUCAUCCCCAAACCAUCUCAAUAUGGUUGAGGUCGGGGGAUUGUGGAGGCCAGGUCAUCGGAUGCAGCACUCCAUCACUCUCCAUCUUGGUCAAAUAGCCCUUACACAGCCUGGAGGUGUGUUGGGUUAUUGUCCUGUUGAAAAACAAAUGAUAGUCCCACCCGUUCAUUCACACCGCGUCUCACAGACAUGGCGGUUGGGUCCCAUUUGGACUCCAGACCAAAGGACACAUUUCCACUGGUCCAUUGCUCAUGUUUCUUGGCCCAAGCAAGUGUCUUCUUAUUGGUGUCCUUUAGUUGUGGUUUAUUUGCAGCAAUUUUACCAUAAAGGCCUGAUUCACGAAGUCUCCUAUGAACAGUUGCUGUUGAGAUGUGUCUGUUACUUGAACUCUGACACAUUUAUUUGGGCUGCAAUUCCUGAGCCUGGUAACUCCUAAUGAACUUUCAUCAUAGCACUUGAUUGUUUUUGUGACUGUACUUGAAGAAACUUUCAAAGUUAUUGAAAUAUUCCGGAUUGACUGACCUUCAUGUCUUAAAGUAAUGAUGGACUGUCAUUUGUCUUUGCUUAUUUGAGCUGUUCUUGCCAUAUUAUAUAGACUUCAUCUUUUACCAUAUAGGGCUAUCUUCUGUAUACCACCCCUACCAUGUCACAACACAACUGAUUGGCUCAAACGCAUUAAGAAGGAAAGAAAUUCCACAAAUUAACCUGUUCAUUGAAAUGCAUUCCAGGUGUCUACCUCACGAAGCUGGUUGAGAGAAUACCAAGAGUGUGCAAAGCUGUCAAGGCAAAGGGUGGCUACUUUGAAGAUUAUAAAAUCAAAGCCAAGAGCUCGUGCAGGUCCCCACACCGGGGACCCUCUCCUCUUUGCAGAUACCAGUUCUGCAGCACCACCAAUGAACAAUCAGGGUUAUUACACUCCUGGAUACAACAUUGGAGGGGCUCCAGUUGGAGGACCAGCGGAUGCUGGGGUCAACAACCUGUUUGCUGACCCAAUGGCCAGUGCAGCCAUGAUGUAUGGCUCUUCCCUGGCCAACCAGGGGAAGGAAAUUGUUAACAAGGAGAUCAGCAGGUACGUGUCUGUGAACAAGCUGAAGUACUUCUUUGCCGUCGAUUCCAAAUAUGUAAUGAAGAAACUACUGCUCCUCGUGUUCCCGUACACACAUCAGGACUGGGAAGUUCGUUACCACAGGGACACUCCUCUCACACCCAGGCAUGAUGUGAAUGCGCCCGACCUUUACAUACCUUCAAUGGCUUUCAUCACCUACAUUUUGCUAGCUGGGAUGGCCCUUGGCAUUCAGAAGAGGUUCAGUCCAGAAGUCCUUGGUCUGUGUGCCAGCACUGCUUUGGUGUGGGUCGUCAUAGAGGUCUUGGUCAUGUUCCUGUGUCUCUACAUUCUCUCUGUUCACUCUGACAUUUUUGACCUCUUUGCAUACAGUGGAUACAAAUAUGUGGGAAUGAUUUUCACAGUGCUGGGUGGUCUGCUGUUUGGCAGUGAUGGGUACUUCGUGGCUCUCACUUGGACAUCUUGUGCUCUUAUGUUUUUCAUUGUCCGCUCUCUCAAAAUGAAGAUUCUGUCGUCUCUCUCCCAUGACUCCAUGGGGGCUGGGGCGACAGCCAAACCAAGACUCCGCCUGUACAUCGCCGUGGCCACCGCAGCCUUUCAGCCAAUCAUUAUCUACUGGCUCACCUCGCAUCUGGUCAGGUGACCUGGUACAGGUUCUGACCCUGAGGGUCAUUAGUAUCAAACAAAAAACAAAAAAAAAAUGUUGAUGCUUUCUACAAACUUGGCUCUUGCGAGUGUCAUUUACCUACAUACCAGCUCAUCUGCCAGGGAAAGCGGGAUGAUGGAUAUCGAGCUGUAUCUUGUGUUCAGCUUGUGGGUUAAAGCUUAAAAUUAACAUUUUAGUUUUUACUUCUGUAGGUGAGACUUUUGCAUGCAAGACAUCACUUGUCAUGAUGAGUGUUUUACAGUCAUUUUUGGCCACCUUAUUUAUAAAGAAAGAAGGGCUUUGUAUUCCUGAAAUUUGAAUUUAUGGUUAUGAUAAACCUUUGUCACACUCCAGUUCUUCCUCUAAAGUUUGUCCGUUUGGGCUUACCAGAAAUGCUGCAAUGUGGUUAAAUGGAAAAUGAUUGAGAUAUUUUUUUAUUUUAUUUUACCAGGUAAGUUGAUUGAGAACAGACUCAUUUACAGCAACAACCUGGGGAAUAGUUACAGGGGAGAGGAGGGGGGACUUGGAGGAUGUGCUAUCAGUGCCCUCUUCUGCAUUUUAACCUUCUCUGUUAAUCCCUCCUUUUUAUUAUUUAUCCAAACUUUGUGGAGCAUGAACAAGUUUUAUUAUUUUUGUAAAAAUAAAAUAGAAUAUAAUUUUA